UUUUUUUUUCACUUGGGACCAUUUUUGUUGCUUUUUAUUUUUAUUUUUUUAUAUUUACACAAGAUAGACAUACAGGAAACAAACAAAAAAACAUUAUGACCAUGAAAUCAUCUGUAGUGUUUCUGAUGGGGGUGAAACGUCACAGCCACACAUGAUUAAUGUUUUGAUUUUUUUGUUAUAUAUUGUUAUAUUAGAGAUUUAAUUUAAAAAAAAAAGAAAAGAGAAUUUGUACAGGCACUCUGCGUACACGUGGCAUGCCUCACCUUGUCGCGUCCAGAGGGGGCGCUGUCCCCGCUAAGCGCAGAGGAUUGUGGGAUAGCAGGAGGCAGUAGCGGAGCAUCACCAUCACCACCGCUGCCGUACCGCGGGACUCGUCUCACCGGACUUUAACCUGAGCUGGGAGCCGUUUCUCCGCACUUAAGUGCCUUAACAGCGGAGGGAGAGAUGGGACACGGAGACCUAAUGAGCCGGGCGGAGGAUGUAGCGGACCAGUUCCUGCGGGUCACCAAACACUACCUCCCCCACAUGGCCCGGCUCUGUCUGGUCAGCACCUUCCUGGAGGACGGGUUCAGGAUGUGGUUCCAGUGGGGGGAGCAGAGCGAGUACAUCGAAUCCACCUGGAACUGUGGACACUUCCUCGCCAACAUCUUCGUCCUGCUCAACUUGCUGGGGCAGCUGGGUGGCUGUGUGUUAAUCCUUAGUAGAAACUUUGUUCAGUAUGCCUGCUUCACUCUGUUUGGGAUCAUUGGCCUCCAGACGCUGGCCUACAGCAUCCUGUGGGACCCAAAGUUUCUCAUGAGGAACCUGGCGUUGGGGGGAGGCCUCCUCCUCCUCCUGGCAGAGUGUCGGGGGGAAGCUCGCAGUGUGUUUGCAGGAGUUCCUUCUCUUGGUCAUCAGAGCUCUCCGAAACACCUGCUGCAGCUGGGAGGAAGGGUCCUCCUUGUCCUCAUGUUCAUGACGCUGCUGCACUUUGACCUCAGCCUAUUCAGUAUCCUGCAGAACCUGGUGGGUACGGCACUCAUUGUGCUGGUGGCGGUGGGCUUUAAGACCAAGCUGGCCGCUCUGACUCUGGUGGUCUGGCUGCUCUGCAUCAACUUCACCUUCAACGCCUUCUGGAGCAUCCCGUCGUACAAACCCAUGCACGACUUCCUCAAGUACGACUUCUUCCAGACCACGUCGGUGAUCGGAGGCCUGCUGCUGGUGGUGGCCCUGGGGCCCGGGGGGGUCUCCAUGGACGAGAAGAAGAAAGAAUGGUGAGGAGGGGGGGAGCAGGAGGGGGGACCUGAAAAAACUGAUAAGAUACUUUUAUUUUGAAAAAUGGCCAGAAUUCUUACUGUAAAAACUAAAGUGUUAAAAUGUUCCCCUACAGCCAAUAAGAAAAAAACACCUCUAUAAUAUGAAUGUGAUCAGAUAUAAGGGAUUUUAAAAUCUUUACGUUUUGGACAAACAAGACAUUUAAAGUCAUCAUUUUGGACAGAAAAACAGUUUUAACUAUUAUAUGACAUUUUAUAGACCAAACAACUCCCCUGCACAGUUAGACAGAAGCACCUGUCUGUCUGCAGGUUAGCUGACCGUUAGGUUACCUCUCAUCAAAAGAAGUAUUACGGAUUAUGUGACAUCAGCUGAUAUAUCUCCAUCAUCAGCAUUAUUAACGAUUAUUCAUUAAUGAGCUCAUCCUGAAAGACUUUACACAGUGUUUUACAAUAGAUUGAAAUAGAUUGCUGUGUACUAAAAUAAUAAUCAGGGAAAUUGGAGAAAAAAAACCUUACCAUUUUUGUACUAUAAAAGUAACCUGCAGAUAUCUGUAUUAAACUGUGUGCCCGCUGGUCUAAAGUCAGUGCGGUGUUCAGUUUGUGUGAAAUGGUUCAUGCAUGAUUUAUACAUCGGACUUCAGAUCUGCUCAGAACUUCCUCCUCUCUAUGCUAUUUAUUUCCAUUUUCACACUCCUCUUCCUCCC